AUGACGAUCGGCUUCACCAUCUCCCGGCAUCUGGCCCAGGAUGCGGCCCACGUGGUGGUCAGCAGCCAGAAGCAGCAGAAUGUGGGCCUGGUGGUGGCAGCAUUGAAGGGGGUGGGCCUGAACGUGAUGGGCACCGUGUGCCACGUGGGGAAGGGUGAGGACCGGGAACAGCUGGUGGCCAUGGUCCUGGAACACUGCAGGGGUGUUGACUUCCUGGUGUGCGUGCCAGGGAUCAAUCCUCUGACGGAAAGUACCGUGGGGAGCAGUGAGCAGGUCUGGGACAAGGGGAGGUCUGGGGAAGCCGGGUGGGGCGGGUUGGACGUCAUCCUCACCUUCUACUCACCCGCAGAGAGCAAGGCCAGAUGCCUGCACUCUGAGCCUCAGUCCCCCAUCUGUGAGUUGGAGAUCCUGGACGUGAAUGUGAAGUCCUCCACCCUGCUGCAGAGCCAGCUGCUGCCCCACAUGCAGAACAGGGGGUGA